UGGGUUCUUAUUAUCAGCAAAUAUGAUAGCAAAUUACACAAUUGCUCUCGCGUUGUCUAUUGAACUGUUCAUAACAUUACGAAUAUACCAACGAGCAGCGCGCACAAGCACAAUUUUGAAAAGAUUCUACUAUUUCUUAUGCAUAAUUUUGCCGUACUUGGCAGUUCUGGCUGGAUUAGCCAUUUUGAUGAUGAAUGGUGAUCAAGUGCUUGACGAUUCAGCUGGAUCAGGUGUUUGCACUAUUGCCAGUCAUGGGACAAAUAAGAUUGCAUUAUUUAUGGUGCUUACUCUACCCGAAAACUUACCGAUUUAUCCAGCAGCCGUUCUCUCGGCUCUCGCAUUAAUUCCAGUUAGCAAAAAAGUCUUUGAAACACGUCGAUUCACAUCGUCUAUCGAAACAUAUAUGAAAGAGGAAACAAGUGUCAUGACACGAGUAACAAGAGGCGGCCCACCUCCAGCGUCUAAUUCAAAUAAUAAAACGGUAAUUCCAAAAAACGUAUUAAUACGAAUGGGGCUCUGGUGUGCUCUUUUGAUCAUAUCAGAGAUUCCUUCAUGCACCAUUCGGCUCAUUCACUCUAUAGAAUAUUUGACGACACCAAACGAAAAUCCAGAAACCGUAAUGCGCUUAAUUCAUGUUCUUCCUCAUGACGAUAGUUUUUUCUCGGCAAAUGAGAUUGAAUUAAAACUGCUUUUAUCAAUUAUAUUAUUCUUAAUUUGUUUUGGUACUGGAAAUUUUGCGUUCGAGCAAUACGGAGAGUUAUGGCAAAAAAUAAUCAAAUUUAUUUUUCGGAAUCCAUUUACGAUGUUGAGAAAGUAUAGAGAAGAUUCAUCAUCUGAAGAACAUAUUCAUUUGGAAAUCAUCUCACCUGAACAGAGUUCUAAUGAUAAUAAUAAAGUUGCAAGACGCAAACCGUUGAGAUAUAGCUCUUACCGAACUGCUACAUUUCGAACCUCGCUGAAUACUUCGUCGUCAACACCCGCUCCAUAUGUUCAAGUGCGAUCGAAUACACCUCCAGAUCUUGGAUUUCCACAAAAUGGUGAUUUUUUAACCAUACCGAGUUUGAAUGGUGGCGGAUUUAAUGAUGACACUCUUAACAACCAAUUCGAACCGACAGUUGAAACGCCAUCGCAAAUUUCAAUACCUGAUUCAGCUUUGAUUAAAUAA